GCCUCCUUUUCUCUCUCUACAAUUAAACAUACUCUCUCUCUCUCUCUCCCCAAACCGUAACCCUAAUUUCGCGGUUCUAAAUGGCGGCGGCGGCGGGUCGGGAAAGUAACGAGAGGCUGUAUGAAGACCGAGGAGGCUACGGGAAGUUUCGAAAACGGCCGUUUCGAAGGAGUACGCAGACGACGCCGUAUGAUCGUCCUUCGACGGCAAUUCGAAACCCUGGCGGGAUUAGUAAUGGUUGGUUGUCGAAAUUAGUGGAUCCGGCUCAGAGACUCAUUGCUUCUAGCGCACACAGGCUUUUCGCCUCUGUCUUUCGAAAACGGCUACCUGCGCCGCCGGUGGUAACUCCUCGGUCGCAGCCUCCGGAGACGGAGCGGGAGACAGACGUGAACCCGGGAGCAUUGGAUAAGCCAAAGGGAAUGUCUUCCACAGAUUGUCUUGAAGUGCAUAGAGAAGCCAUCAAUGCAAGCAGUGGUCUGAUUAAUAGUUUGGAUAGAGGUGGGGUCACUGAACUCGAAUUAAUUCUAAAGCAGAAGACCUUUACCAGGUCUGAGAUUGAUCGAUUGACAGCUCUGCUGCAAUCCAGGACUGCUGAUUUUCCUACUGGUAAUGAAGAGAAAAAACCUGAAGUGAUUUCUUCAAGAGCCAUGGUCUCUGAAGGCAAAAAGGAGUUAUUGACUGUUCCCGUUACUAAUGGGUUUGAGAGCCGCAUUAAUUCAACACCUAUUGUCGGCUCAAGUGUCCUCAAUGAGGAUGUUGCUUCACCUACAGAGCUUGCAAAAGCUUACAUGGGUAGUAGGCCUUCAAAAGUAUCACCAUCAAUGCUAGAAUCACGCUGCCAGCCAUUUCGGGAUAAUUCAACAGCUCUGAUGAACCAUACAUUCACUCCAAAAUCACCAAUGAUGUCACUCACACCACGUUCUUCUGGCUGUCCUGGGGUUCCUGAGAAUUAUUUUGUGACACCAAGGUCUCGAGGCAGAUCUGCUAUAUACAAUAUGGCUCGAACACCAUAUUCCAGAGUUCAUGCAUCUACUGGCCUCCAGGGUGCCGGAACAUCAAGUGAUGCUUUCACUGGACCUUCAUUUUCAUCUCAGAAUGCAUUGGAGAGCAGCAGAUUUUCUGGAUCUAAACAAGGGGCUUUAAAACGGAGGAGUUCUGUCCUGGAUAAUGAUAUAGGAUCUGUUGGUCCCAUACGUAGAAUUCGUCAGAAAUCAAACCUUCUGCCUACCUCUGGAACCCUUUCUAUUCGCGGAGCUGGUAUCGGCUCUAACGCUGCUCAAAAACUACCCUCAACAGAGAAGCCAGUUCUAGUGGGUGAACCAUCAAAGGAUAAUGGGGAUAACAAUGUCCAUGGUACUACUUUUACCCCUGUUCCCUCCAAGUCAAGUGAGAUGGCAUCAAAGAUAUUGCAUCAGCUGGAUGUGUUGGUCUCAUCAAGGGAGAAGUCUCCUGCCAAGUUGUCACCAUCCAUGCUACGGGGACCAGCUCUUAGAAGCCUGGAGAAUGUAGAUUCUUCAAAGUUUGUAGAAAUUGAUAAUGAUACUAACAAGUUAGCCUUGAAACAUGAUACCUUGUUACCUGAUGCAAGAGAGUCUGUGUCACAAAAGCAAGACAAAGUUGAAGAAAAGGGUCCUAGCAAACCCAUUGCUCCAUGUGGCAAGUCAGCCUUGGCAGGAAAUGGUAUGGAUACCACAAGUUUAUUGAAGAAUGAUUUGGCUGGGGUCAAAACAUCAGCUUUUCCUGUGAUGAGCACCUUUGCUCAGGCUCCUGUACAAAAGAAAAGGGCUUUCCAGAUGAGCGCACAAGAGGAUUUUCUGGAGCUUGAUGAUGAUGACUACUCUAAUGGGACUGCAUCUGGUAUGUUGGCUGAAGGGAGAGAAAAGGUGGAUACCAAAUUGGUAGAAAAGAAGACCAUUGUUGCUGAGGCUGUUGUAGUGGAGAAGUCUCCGGUCCAAUCUGAAGUCAACUCCCCAUCAAGUUAUACAUUGAACAAAAAAAAUGCAGGGAUUGAUGGGUCUGUGGUUGUGGAAAAGAGCAUUGGCUUUAUUUCCCCAGCAGCACCCCUGCCAACCAUUACUGAUAAGCAGGCUGUGGUAAACAAGUUAGAAUCAAUAUCUGAUGAAGCUGCCCUACCAAAGUAUUCGAAUGCUUUGCCCCAAAUAUUUAGCACCGCUGAGAAGGUUGCUUUGCCAAAGGAACCAAAUGGCACCUCUCAAUUUUUCCAUUUUAGCAAUAGAACUGGUGAUAAAGCUGCGCCACUCACACUUACCUCAGUCAUGAGUGACCCAUCUGGCCAAAAGUCGGGUGUAUCAUCUGAUGCUGGACCAAAGGGUUUCAGCUUUACACCUAUUGCUUCUGGUGCUACUGAGUUGGUGACAAGAGAUCCUGGAUUAGAUAAAGGUGAUGAUAAGGACAGUUUGAAGAUGGGAAACUCAUUCAGGACAGCUGGAAAUGUGCCUUCUACAUCAAUUUCAUCGAAUGGAAGCCUAUUCUCAUUUGGCAUAACCUCUAAUAGUUCAACUCUAAAUAAUGGAUUUCUUGCUUCUACUACCCCAUCUUCAUUUUCCUCUCCCAGUCUGCCUCUAUUUUCCAGUAACUUAACUGGUCAAAAAUCAUCUAGCAUCCCUUCCAACAGUGUUGCUAGCAGCAGUACUAAUGCCACUACCACUGCUUUCACAGCUGCAAACACUAAUGGGAAUAGCAACUUCUCUGUUUCAGCAUCGGCAUCAGAACCUACCUUGACAGCUGCAUCUAUUUUUAAAUUUGGGACUGUCUCAUCAAAUUCAGUCUUAACAGUACCAUCAAUUACCACUGAAACAACAGAAGUCAAGACCAAAGAAACAAGUUUUAGUGCUUCUAGUGGCACAUCCUCUGCAAUGACAAGCACAGCUGGCAGCAUUUUUGGUGGUACUUCUGCAAUGACGAGUGCAGGCAAUAAUAUUUUUGGUGAUAACACCGCAGUUACUGGCAAAGAAAAUAGUGUUUUUGGUGGUACACCCCCUGCAGUUACAAGCACAGAAAGUAGUGUUUUGAAUGCCACAUCUGCAGUUAUGAGCACAGGAAGUGGUCCUUUUAGCUUCAAUGCUGGGAGCACAACUUCAGCUGCUACUAAUCAAUCUCAGGGUUUUAAUCCUUUUAAUGCUGGCACUACUCAGGUUUCUGCUGCUGGAACUGGUUUGGCAACUUCAACACAGAGUAUGCCGAUGCAAUUUAGUUCACCUGCAUCAACUGCGAGUUCAGCCUUCUCUUCUGGCAGUUCCACAUUUGGUUAUGUGAAUACAGCCUUCUCUUCUGGCAGUUCCACAUUUGGUUCCUCUACAUCUAAAUUGUUAAGUUCUGGUACUACAUUUGGACUAAACUCUUCCACUUCCGAGUCCAGCUCUGUUAGCUCCAUGGCGAGCCCCGCAUCUGCUGUAUUUGGUUCCAACUGGCAGGCACCGAAAUCUACUGGAUUUAGUUCCACACCAUCCUCUUCUUUCUCAACGUUGUCUGCCUUUGGAGCAACUUCUAAUACUGGCACAACCAGUGCACCCAUGGUGUUUGGAUCAACCUCUAGUGUCUCAUCUGGCCCCUCUUUCCCCUUCAGUUCACCUGCAGCUGCUACUCCAUCACAGUCUGUGUUCGGUGCCCCAAAUCCUAGCUUCGGAUUUGGUUCUUCAUCUGGUAAUAAUGACCAAAUGAGCAUGGAGGACAGCAUGGCAGAGGACACAGUUCAGGCAACCACGCCUUCAGUUUCUGUAUUUAGCCAACAACCAGCUGCACCUGGCCCAAUUUUUGGUUUUUCAGCUCCGUCGGGUGGGAAUCAGUUUGUUUCUACAGGUCCACCGGGUGCAAAUCCCUUUCAAUUUGGAAGCCAACCAAAUCUUGCUGCUCCGCAGAACCCAUCUUUUCAGGCUUCAGGUAGUCUAGAGUUUAAUGCUGGAGGAAGCUUCUCAUUGGGAACAGGUGGCGGUGACAAGUCCCAUAGAAAAAUUGUCAGAGUCAAAAGAACACAGCGCAAGCGGUAAAGACACCUAGAAACUCCGGUUUGGUUUUGUUGUGUAAUUUCCUGGUUAUUCGUGGCAGACAAGUAAUUAUAAUGAUGAGAGAUACACAGCAUGAUUUGAUGUUUCUGAGGUCACCCAUUGAUAUUUUGGUGACAAAGGUAAACCUGCCUUCUCAGGCACCAGAGAUGUGCCCGAUCCUGCUUAUGUCUUUACAGUUCCCUUUCCCCUCAGGACGAUGGUGGAAAGGUGGGCUUAUGUUGUUGCAAUUUUGUACUGUCUUCAUAGCAAACCUAAGAUAGUGGUAGCUCAUAGGAUUAUAGUUGGGUAAAUUUGCUUGCGACCAUGUUCUCUGUAGUCUGUACUCUAUCACUUGUAACAUAAACAGCAAAUCAUAUCGAUUUGUUUAAGAAAUUGUCUUGUUCUGAGCAUCAGUUAUUUCCAAUAAUCAUUGUUUUAUCUCA